UAUGUAGAUAUCCUGUGGAUUUGGAUUUGUUUUCUUAUAUGUUUUCCUCGUAUUUGUUAUUGUUACGUUUUUUAAAGAAGGGAUAGGAGUUGUAAUUAUAUAAUAUAUGUUUGUAUAUUACUGGUUUAAACUCUUCUUGUAGAUAAAGAAUAUUAUGUUGCUAUGAUAGUAUUUUUUAUGGUUCUAAAAAUCAAAUUGGACCGAUCGGUCUGAUCGGUUUAACCGUGAAAUGGAUGUCUUUGUGAUUCGGUUUACUUUGAAAAACCAUCAGUCAAAAAAUUGCUUGAGAACCACUGAGCCAAUCGAUUGGAUCGAACUGAAACCCGGCCGGUUUCUCAGAAACGGCGUCGUUUUGCAUUCAGUGUGCAUGCCUUCUGCCCCACCCCUUCUCCAAACUCCUCCGUUCCUACCUUCAGAGUUUAGAAAGCUCAACUCAACCAAAGAAAAAGUGAAAACCCUAGCCUCCCCCACCGCCGAAUGGAGUGAGCCAUUGCCGCCGUUCGUCGUAGUCCGGAACUUCUCUCUUCGUCCUGCACUCAACCGCUCUCGAAGCUCCGGCUCAAAUGAAGCUUUCCCCCUAAAAAGAAAUCCUAGCUGACAGUAGCCUCCCCCACCGCCGCAAGGAGUGAGACUCACUACCGCCGUCUGUAGCACUUAGGCACCACGUCUUCGUCUGGUCGUGGUGCUCGAAGUCUCCAACCCACUAAUCAGAAUGAAGGUUUAGGAUUCUGCUAGUGCUACUCAUAUUGGUUUCUUCGGUUUUUUUUUUUCUAAUUUUUCGUUCUUGGUUCUUUGUUCUUCAGUUAGGAUUCUUUGUUCUUGAUUCUACUUAUGCUAGUGCUACUCACGUUAAAUUGUUGAAUGAUUAACUUUGUUCACCACUGUUGUGCUAUGUUGUACUGUAUUAUUUUUUGUUUGUGUUGUGCUGAAAAGAAUUGUGCUAAA